AUGGAGAACCAGAAUCAGCGCAAGGCAACUUUAACAGAUAUUUUGCAUACACAAGGUAGGAAAAAUUUAAAUAACCCGAUCGAGCUGAAAGCUGGCGAAAUCACGGAGGAAGCGGUCGCGGAUCUGACUCUCAAUAAGACUACUAUUGUAAUAAUUCACGGACACAGGGGCUCGGUGUCUACGACGUUAAACCCCACAGUAAAAGAUGCUUUCCUAAGAAGUGAAGAUGUAGAUGUGAUCGUAGUCGACUGGUCAGUAUAUGCGAGUCAAAGCUACAGUAACGCCGUCAAUGCUGUGCCAAGUGUUGGAGAAAAUGUAGCUGAUCUUAUAAAUGAGUUAGUGAAUAACACAGUUGUGGAGCUUACCAGUUUACAUUUGGUCGGAUUCGAUCUCGGUGCCCAUGUCGCUGGUUUUGCAGGAAGACUGUUGGACGGAGAUGUAGCAAGAAUAACUGGCCUAAACCCAUCGAGAGGACAGUGGGGACAAAAUUCUAGAAGAUUAAGCAUCUCAGACGCCGUAUAUGUUGAAGUUAUUCAUACCGACGGCAUCGGCCUUUUAGCCUAUGGAGUUGGUGAUGCCAUCGGUGAUGUGGAUUUCUACGUCAAUGGCGGUACUCACCAGCCUGGGUGUCUACUAAAUAAUUUCUGCAGUCACAACCGUGCUUGGGAAGUUUUCGCAGCGUCACUCACUAACGCUCACCUGAUCGGCAAUCAAUGUAACACAUGGCUCCAAGUUACACUAAAUACAUGUCGAGGAUUCACACUCCAGAUGGGAAGAAAUGAUUUGUUUAAAUACGCGUAA